UCGGAUCAUCUUCUGACCUUUGCCCCAAACAUUCAUGGAAUCGCAUUUUCAUUCAAUUAUUCUUUAAGACAGCUCUCUCUCCCCUGCACUGAUCUCGAUAACUAGGGUUUCAAAUUGCACACUGUAUCGAUUCAUGUGUCUAUUUGUAUAGUCGAGGUCUCGAGGAUGUAUAGUAAUUUCAAAGAGCAAGCGAUCGAAUACGUGAGGCAAGCAGUGCAAGAAGACAAUGCGGGUAACUAUGCCAAGGCCUUCCCGCUGUACAUGAAUGCUCUGGAAUACUUCAAGACCCACCUCAAGUACGAGAAGAACCCUAAGAUCAAGGAGGCAAUCACCCAGAAGUUCACUGAGUACCUGCGCCGGGCAGAGGAGAUCGGGGCCGUCUUAGACGAGGGUGGCGCAGGACCAGCUUCCAACGGAGGGGAUGCUGCUGUGGCCUCGAAGCCGAAGGACAAACCCAAGGAUGGUGAUGAUGGGGAGGAUCCCGAUCAAGCUAAGCUCCGGGCUGGAUUGAAUUCUGCUAUCAUUAGGGAGAAGCCUAAUGUCAAGUGGAAUGAUGUUGCUGGGCUUGAGAGCGCCAAGCAGGCCUUGCAGGAGGCUGUGAUUUUACCAGUCAAGUUUCCCCAAUUUUUCACUGGCAAGAGACGGCCAUGGAGAGCUUUUCUUUUAUAUGGCCCUCCUGGAACUGGGAAGUCCUACUUAGCGAAGGCUGUUGCUACUGAAGCAGAGUCAACAUUUUUCAGUGUAUCAUCAUCAGACCUUGUUUCGAAGUGGAUGGGGGAAAGUGAAAAGCUUGUCUCUAAUCUUUUUGAAAUGGCGCGUGAAAGUGCUCCUUCUAUUAUAUUCAUAGAUGAAAUUGAUUCCUUGUGUGGGCAGCGUGGAGAAGGAAAUGAGAGUGAAGCUUCAAGACGCAUUAAAACAGAACUGCUUGUGCAGAUGCAGGGGGUUGGACAUAAUGAUGAUAAAGUUCUUGUCCUUGCAGCCACAAACACUCCAUAUGCUCUUGAUCAGGCAAUCCGACGACGAUUUGAUAAGAGGAUAUACAUUCCUCUUCCAGAUAUAAAAGCAAGACAACACAUGUUCAAGGUUCAUUUAGGAGACACCCCUCACAAUUUGAGUGAAGGUGAUUUUGAAGAUUUGGCCCGUAAAACAGAAGGGUUUUCUGGUUCAGAUAUAUCAGUUUGUGUUAAGGAUGUCCUUUUUGAACCUGUACGCAAGACACAAGACGCUAUGUUCUUCAUGAAGACUUCCAAUGGCACAUGGAUGCCAUGUGGACCGAAACAAUCAGGUGCUGUCCAGACAACAAUGCAGGAGCUUGCUGCCAAAGGGCUUGCUUCUAAGAUCAUUCCACCGCCCAUCGCGAAGACAGAUUUUGACAAGGUUCUUGCACGUCAAAGACCGACUGUUAGCAAAUCAGACCUCUACGUGCAUGAGAGAUUCACAAAAGAGUUUGGAGAGGAAGGUUGAGGAGAUCUCAAUCACAUCAUUUGUCACCUUGCAUUGAAUUAUUGAUGAUGGGCUCAUUGUAUUUUGCUGUAUAACUUUUAUGUUUUAACCUUAGAAAGAAUGGUCUGGUCUCAAUGCCAAUGUCAGCCACGCAAUGGAAAACUUUCAUGAAAUGCCUUUUAAACUGAGCAUAGUAUGCUUUAAACCGUUAUUGAUCUCCCAUUGGAUUUUUGACACAUGAUUCAUGAUGUUUAAUUGAUUUUAUUUUCAAUUCUAUCCAUUCAAAUAUUUUGUAUAAGAUUAAACGGGGUGAAUAAAU